AUGCUCGUCAAGUUUCUUGAUGCGCUCUACCCGCCGUGGCGCACCAAGCUCAUCGGCAUGUCGUCCGACGGCGAGAACACGAUGACGGGUCGUCACCGCGGCCUCGUCACACGCAUCGUAGCGACCGCCGAGAACCCAGUGCUCCGGAUUUGGUGCGCACCGCACCAAAUCGACCUGAUCGUCAAGCAGGCCGCCGAGUGCGUAGCGUACGGCACGUGGAUUAAGUUCACCUGGUCCUUCUCAGUCUUCCUACGCCAGCAGGCCAACCUAACCACGCGCAUGAACGUCAAGUGCCCCAAGCAGACAAACCGGUGGUCGCACCUCGGCCGCCUGCUCACGUUCUUGAAGAGCCAUCGCCGGCAGCUGAUUGCAUACUGCGUCGAGAACCGUCCAGACAACGCGCCGACCUACGAGUGGUGGCUCGUGACGUUCAGCAUUGCCCCGAUCAUCGAUGCCAUCAACGUCACGAUCACCAUUCUGCAGAGCCGGUCGCUGCUCAUCGCACAACAGGAAUCGCACAUCAAUGCGCUGGUCGGCACGCUGGCGGCCAUGCUCGACGUCGCGAUCGUCGAACAGGGUGAGUCCAUCGACGACGACGACGACGUCGUGUACGAGUCCAUGCGCAUCCCUGUCGACUCGAUCGUCGCACACAUCCACGACCAAGGGUCAUUCGCCACGAAGUGCUACGAUGAGCUGAACCCGGGCGAGUAA